UCGGAUAAAACGAUGGCUGCAGCUAUCGAUAACUUUAGUAAUCGAGUAAUCCAUAUAUUCGUUUUUGGUCGAUUAAUUGAGUAAUCGGAUGAAACUAGGGCUGCUGCUAUCGAUAACUUUAGUAUUCGCGCAAUCCAUAAAUUAGUUUGUUCGAGUAAUCGGAUAAAACAAGGGCUGCUGCUAUCGAUUAUUUUAAUAAUCAAGUAGUCUAUCGAUUAGUUUGUUUGAUUAAUGAAAUAAUCGGAUAAAGCAAUGGCUGAUACUAUCGAUAACUUUAGUAAUCUAGUAUUUCAUUGAUUAGUUUGUUAAAUUAAUCGAGUAAUCGGAUGAAACUAGGGCUGCUGCUAUCGAUAACUUUAGUAAUCAAGUAAUCCAUUAAUUCGUUUUUUCAGGUAAUCGAGUAAUCUGAUAAAACUAGGGCUGCUGCUAUCGAUAAUUUGAGUAAUCCAUAGAUUAGUUUGUUCGAGUUAUCGUAUAAUUGAAUUAAACUAGGGAUGCUGCUAUCGAUUAUUUUAAUAAUUAAGUAGUAUAUGCAUUAGUUUAUUUGAUUAAUUAAGUAAUCAGGUAAGAGUAUGGCAGCUGCUAUCGAUAACUUUAGUCAUAGAGUAAUCCAAAGAUUAGUUUUGGUCGAGUAAUCAGAUGAAACUAGGGCUGCUGCGAUUAGUUUGUUUAAUUAAUCGAGGAAUCGGAUUAAACUAAAACUAGGGCUGCUGCUAUCGAUAACUUUAGUAAUUGAGUAAUCCCUAGGUUAGUUUGUUCUAGUAAUCGAAUAAAACCAGGGCUGCUGCUAUCGAAUAUUUUAAUAAUCAAGUAGUCUAUCGAUUAGUUUGUUUGGUUAAUGAAAUAAUUGGAUAAAACGAUGGCUGCUGCUAUCGAUAACUUUAGUAAUUGAGUAAUCCAUAGAUAAGAUUUGGUCGAGUAAUCGGAUGAAACUAGUGCUGCUGCUAUCGAUAACUUUAGUAUUCGAGUAAUCCGUAAAUUUGUUUGUUUGAGUAAUCGGAUAAAACUAGGGCUGCAGUUAUGGAUUAUUUUCUUAAUCAAGUAGUCUAUCGAUUAGUUGGUUUGAUUAAUGUAAUAAUCGGAUAAAACGAUGGCUGCUGCUAUCGAUAACAUUAGUAAUCGAGUAAUCCAUAGAUUAGUUUUGGUUGAGUAAUCAGAUAAAACUACUGCUAUCAUAUAUUUUAAUAUUCAAGUAAUCUAUUGAAGAAUGUGCAUAAAAGGUAAAACAAGGUAAAUAGUAGUUAAAAAAUAGGUGAAUACAAGGUAAAAUAAGGCAUAAAAUAGGUAAACAAAAGUGAAUAAAAAGCUAGUGGGUCCAUGACGAAGACUUCUGUUUUGUUUGAUCAUCCGUUUUACUGCCGUGUUACAGGGACUGUUUGGAAACAAUUAAGGUAUGUUAAUAAACAUUUACAGAAUAUUUAUGUGUAAAUAACUAAUUUCACAAUAUAUAUAUCUGCGACUUAUUUAUGGAAAUGUGUUUUUGUUUUUCUUAAUUUGGUGGGCGGGGCUUACAGUCAGGGAAAUACGGUAAAUUAACACUUAAAUUAGGCCAAAAAUAUGUAGAAUGUGCAUUAAAAAAUGCAUUUUGUGACCAUUUUCCAUAUUGUCUCAUUUAAUAACCACACUGCAAUAUUAGGAGUAAGCAGGAGGAGUCUACGCAGUGGUUUGGAUCUUCUGUGAAGGUUCAAUGGAAAGUCCAAGACAGGUGUGACACCUACACCAGGAGCUCACCUGCGCCCUGCCGAGGGGCACACCUGAGGAGAGACGUCUCUUGGCUGCAAGGUCUGACCGCCAGUCCAUUUCAGUUAUUUCCAGCAGCACAAAGUAUGUCUCUGAAAAGCAUCCCAGCAUUAGAGAUUUUCCUGGCCAUCCUGGGCAUCGGCCUCCUCAUCAUGUUCUGCACCACCUUCUGCCGGGCGUGCAGUCGCCUCAGGCAGGAGCAGAUCGAGAGGGAGGCGUGGCGUCGCAGCGAGCAGGACAAUCGCCCUCCUUCCAUAUAUUUCAUCCCCUUCCCCGGCAGACUGUCGCAGCAGGACGAGGAAGACCACCACAGGACGCCUCGGUACAGCCAGGAGAUCUUCACGCCUCCGCAGUACAACGCCGCCAACUACAGUGGACCUCCUCCCUCCUAUGCUGAGCUGGGGUGCAAGCCUGACGACCUGCCGCCUGCGUACAUGGAAUACAGCGUCAACCCAAUCACGGCCUCAGCUCACACGGACGCCGUCCAGCCUCCGACACAAGCAUAAAAGUCUGCCAAGUGGACACUGACUCUUGCACUGGACUAUCUGCAAUGUGAGUGAAGGCACGGAGAUAAGAAGAAGAAGAAGAAAAAGAAGAACGGACGUUGCUGAGUCGGCACCAGUCUGGAGGUGAUGUAACGACUUUGAAGCUAAUUGUAUAAACAUUUCAACUAAAGUAGCUGGUCUACUUUCAUGUGUUAAACUCUUAAUUUUUUAUGCAAAGAUAUGGCUAAUUUUCUUCAAGACGAUGUUGUCUGGUGUGUAUGUUGUUCAA